UACUUGUAUCCAAAUUUGCGUGACCCACAUUGGAGGAAUUGGAUGGCAGAACUGUUGCAGAUGGAGUCAACAGAGGAAACAGAAUCAGGAAACCACACUCUGCUGACUGAAUUUGUCCUCUCUGGAUUGUCCAGCCGCCCAGAACUGCAGCACUUGCUGUUCUUCACAUUCUGCUUAGUUUACACCCUGACUGUCGUUGGGAACCUUCUCAUCUGCGUGGUCACGGUGCACCCCACCCUCUGCACGUCCAUGUACUUCUUCCUCCGGGUCCUGGCCUUCCUGGAUGUUUCCACAGCAUCGACUGUUGUCCCCAAGAUGCUGGUAAGUUUCCUGUCAGAGGACAGGAGCAUCCUCUACAUGAGCUGUGCCACGCAGCUCUACUGUGUGAUUUUCUUCGGAGCCACUGAAUGGUACCUUUUGGCAGCCAUGGCCUAUGACCGUUACGUGGCCAUAUGCAACCCCCUGAGAUACACUGUCAUCAUGAAUGCCAGAGUUUGCCUUUCCUUGGUCCUGCUGUCCUGCUGCAGUGGCAAUGUUGUGUCUGUGGUGCAGACAGCUUGGGUGUUCACGAUGCCCUUUUGUGGGCCCAGGAAGAUUAACCACUUCUCCUGUGACAUUCCCCCGCUCAUCCUGCUCUCCUGCACUGACACCUCGCUGUAUGAAAAGCAGAUGGUUGCAGCCACAGUGCUGGUCAUCUUCACUCCAUUCUGCCUCAUCCUGGUGUCCUAUGCCUGCAUCAUCUCCAGCAUCCUGAAGAUUUCCUCUGCAGAGAGCAGACACAAGACCUUCUCCACCUGCUCCUCACACCUUAUUGUUGUAAUAUUGUACUGUGCAAGUGGAACCUUGAAUUACUUACGACCAAAUUCCCGUAAUUCACAAGACACUAAGAAAGUUGUUGCUGUCAUAUACACAACCAUAAUUCCCAUGUUAAACCCCCUGAUUUACAGCCUGAGGAAUAAAGAAGUGAGAGAAGUACUAAUCGUAACUAUGGCUGUGUUGGUGAAGAAAUAA